AUGUGGAUCUUGUACAGAUGCUGGAAGCCGAGUACUGAGCCAUCAGCAAUAAAGUGUCAGGACAAAGCCAAGGAACAGGCAAAGGUCCCACACAAGGUCACUGACCGAGAGUUUGAGAGACUCCGGUACCUGCAAGUGUUAGUGAACAAUUCGUGGCCGUACAUAACAAAAUAUCUGGAGAAAUUUCUAAGAUGGAGAAUUCAGCCGCUGAUCAGAUCCCGAUUUAAAUAUUUAACCAAUUUUCACUUCUUUGAUAUUGAUUUUGGCAAUAAGGCUCCACAGGUGACUCACAUGAGAGUUCAGUCUGAUCCAGAGAAGAAGCAGAUUCUCCUGGAUCUCAAAAUCAGUCUCAACGCAGCGGUGAUGGUUAAUGUUGGAAUAUCUAAGACUAUCAUGGCCGGAGUGAAGUCUGUGAAGCUGGAGGGAACAUUACGAAUAAUUCUGGCUCCGCUGAUACCAGACGUGCCCUUUACUGAAGCCGUGAACAUUUACUUCCCUCGGCGGCCGGUGUUACAUCUACAGUGGACAGGACUCACCAACCUGCUUAAUAUUCCCGGUCUUCACACCAUGACAGAAAGAAUGAUUGUGGACCAAAUUGCCAACUUCAUGUCUGACAUUUUGUUUUACUUGCAGAACGCACUUCGGAUUCAUGUAUUAGAAGCAAGAAAUCUCGUUGCAAACGACUUCUUCUCCAAGAAAUCAGACCCUUUUGUAGUUGUGCGCGGAGGAGGCACAGUUGGGAAAACCAGGGUCAUAUCUAAGAACCUCAACCCGCAGUGGAACCAGACAUUUGAGAUAUUAUUUUCAGAUUUACCAGGGCAGGAGAUUGAAUUUGAGGUUCUGGACAAAAAUGUUCAGAGAGAUGAUUCACUGGGCAGCUGUAAAAUUGCAGUUCCACAUGUGCUAAAGAAGAAAUUCAUUGAUAAGUGGAUCCGGUUGGACAAUGUGAAGUCUGGGGAGCUCCAUAUCAAGGUGGAAACUCUCAAACUCUUUUCAGACCGUGACAAGCUGGAGAAGGUGUUAAAUCUGAACAAAAGGCCGCGGCCCCCUAAGAGUGAGGAGUUGUCAUCAGUUGCCCUUUACACCGUCAUCCAAAAAGCCAGGGGUCUGCCAGUGAUACGGCCGAAGAAAUGCAAAUUAAACCCACUGGCCACCGUGGAAGUGUCAGUGACAGAUACAGUCAAGAGGACGGGGGCCCAAAUAAAUUCCGGAGAGCCAGAGUGGAAGGAGAGGUUACAAUUCCUCAUAAAGGACCCACGCGGCGAGAGAAUGCAAAAGAAUUAA